ACGAGAGAGAGGGAGGGAGAAGAAAAGAAAAAUUGCGAGGGAGUUGAAACUUUUCACCCCUCAGAACCCAGUUUUCUUCCAGAGCUCAGGGCGGAACCGAACUCCAGAGCACGAUGAAGAUGCUGGCGCUGCUUCUCCUCAUCAUUGUUUUACACAGUCCCAUCUGUAUGUCUGUGACCGUGAGCACCAGGAAACCCAAAGUGGAGGUUCAUGAACACACCGAUGCUGUGCUGUCCUGUGAGUUUAGGACAGAAAAAGAUCAAAACCCUCGAAUUGAGUGGAAAAAGAAAGAAAAGGGGGUGACUUUUGUUUACUUUAAUCAAAAAUUUAUUGGAUCMUACGCAGGAAGAGCCAAGAUAGAGGGAGCGACCCUGACCAUCCACUCCGUCACUCAGAAAGACUCAGGAGAAUAUCGCUGUGAGGUGACCGCCAGCGAGGACCACAUCAACCUCGGAGAGGCAAYAGUAACUCUCAGCGUGCUCGUGCCUCCUCACGUCCCCUCCUGCGAGGUGCCAAGCUCCGUGUUUGUUGGAACAGGACUGGAGCUUCAGUGUAAAGACAAACUGAGUGUUCCUCCUGCCACCUACCGCUGGUACAAAGACAACAAGGCACUGACGACCACCGGAGACUCUCCCUACAGCAUGGAUGCAAACAAGGGCACGCUGAAGUUUAAAAGUGUUUCCAAAGCGGAUGCUGGGAUGUAUCGCUGUGAGUCCUCCAACAGUGUGGGCUCGCCCAAGAGCUGCGUGGCCCAACAGCUCAAAGUUGUAGAAUAUCCUUUGAAUAUGACCAUUUUAAUAGCAGCUGCUUCAGGAUUCGUUGCACUCACCCUUUUCUGCUGCAUCUGUGUUUGUAUCUGCCGCCGCCGAGGAUGCUGCAAGAAAAGCCAGAACACAAAAAGCUCCAAGUCCUACAACCCUCCACCGCCUCCUCCCCCUCCUCCUCCUGCCACCCACAACUUCAAGCACUACAAACAGACGCGGUCCUUCAUGAUCUGAGGGCGAGCAGGAACAGUUCACUCUCAGCACCCUGGAAAAGCUGCUUUUUGCACCAAACACAGAUGGACUGAGCAGGACAAGGCAGAGUCAUGGAGGACCUGAAAAAGACUUAACCUUGUUUCAUUUAUUCUGACGCGGCACGCUUAAAAGCACAACUUCAUCCCAGUUUGAAAUGCUAGAUAACAUUUCUUAUAAUCCCCUUCACCUUCUCUGUGUCUGAAUGCAUUCUGUGUGUAAAAAUGGUUUGGAAAUCCCUGUAAACGUCAUUUUUUUUUAUCUUUAGGCUUAAGCUGCCUAUAGGUUAGUGUUUUUAAGUAUCUGCAGCUAUUUUGCCAAAGUUGUACAUAAAACGUGUUUAAUACUAUGUAGAUUUUCUUGUUUGUUUUAUAUGAAGUUAUAUGCAUAUUUUAUAAACCUGUUUGGAUGUGACCUCAUGCUGUUUUUGCUUUGUAUAAACUUUAUUCUUGUAUACAGUACGUUUGGUCGAACAGGUGUCUGCACACACUGAAUGGUCCCUCAAACCUUUUUUUACUCAUAUUUUGACAAAUGUUUAACAUAAUAAAUCAAUAAAUAACUGAGGAAUGUG